AUGUUCAACACACCCAAGAAGCCCCGCGGUGGAUACUCUGGGAACUACCAAAAGAAUGCGCCGCUCAAAGGUCUAUUUAAGGACGGAAUAUGGCUGUGUAAUUGCGAUCCAAGACUCCCAGCAUCGCAUUUCCAAGUCAAAAAAGAGGGGCCGAAUAAAGGGAAAUGGUUCUACACUUGUCAAGAAUCGAAGGAAUCGGGGUGUGGGUUCUUCCUCUGGGAUGAUGCGGCGGUUGGGAGGGAGAAGCAGGUCGUGAUGAAAAAUUCACGAUCGGAAGUCGAUGGGAUACGCACGCCGGCCGAUGCAUCAAGAGACGAAAGGGAUAAUCGGGGACAGGAUACGGUUAAAAGCAAGUUCAGCCAAGAGACGACGACCGAGGAAGAAGAUGGAGAUGAAUUCGGAGACUUCCCAUUCUCACCAGAGGAUGUAGCUAGUGUAAUGAAAGUCGCAGAACUGGCUUCUGCGCCGAAAUCUCCAGAGACUCCGAGCAAGAAACCGACGAACAUGUUUGCUACACCUGCGCCGAAGAGGAAAUGGGAUGAGGCAGGCCUACUCACACCAUCUACUGGGGGAACGAAAGGGAAGAGUCUAUUCGGAACCCCGGCGAGGAGACUCAAUGGUGGUAUGUGGGACGGAAACGAGCCAUUUGGAUCCAAAAACACAACACCAACACGGAAUCGGUUCAGAGACCCCACAGAUCCUGAAAGCCAAGAAAACUACGACAUCACCGCCGAAGUGAUGGAUAUCUUGCAAGACCAAAAAAUGGACGAAGAAACGAAUUCGAAUCUCCGGCAAUUACUCAGUAAACAUGCGCUCAAAAUCGCCGGGGUGGUGAGAAAUCGCGAUAUCUCAAGAGCUGCGUUGAAGACGAAGGAUUUGAAGAUUGCGGAACUCCAGCAGCGGAUUACGGCGUUGGAGAGGGAGAGGGAGAUGGAUAAGACGGUGAUUAAACAUUUUAAGAAUGAUAUGUCGCAGAGUGUGGCGAGUAGGAAGGGGAGGGGGAGGGGGAAGUCGUGA